UGCUCAUCGUGUAUCGGGUCGCAUUCAUAUUCAUAGCUGACUUUGUUGUAUAUUUUAAAGAUAUACUAGAAUUCGAGCUGGGAACCUUCUCAUUUGCCGUUGUCAUAUUGAUAACGUUGAUCUGAUGAUACGAUUCUUAGGUGUUGGUGAAGCUUUAUAUGCAUACAGUGAGAGAGCAAUCAUCAGCACAAUGGGAAUGGGACCUUAGUGUUGCUUCGGGAGUGCAUCUGCGUGGAGCACAGUUGCGGCACGUACGAUCCGUUUGACCGCCGGUACUUUCUCUCGCUGAUGCUUUGCGAGUCGAUUAUUCAACAAGCAGUCGCGCUGUCUAAUCGUCGAUGUUUGCUAGUGUACGCCUAUGAGAGCGGUCGUGUGAACUGGAUCGAAGAACUAGUGUCAAAACAUUGUCGUGUUUGUGUAAUGAGUGUUGGUGUGUUGUGACGCGGUGGUGGCGGGCCCAGGUGAGAUGCGGCGCGGCAGCGGCAGCGGCGGCUGCGGCUGGGGCGGCGGCGGCGGCGUGUUCGGGCGCUGGUCGCUGCGCCGCCUGCUGCUAGACAGCCCACUUGUGGGCAGACGACUAGCUCAUACAGUAUUGGACCAAGCAGACACUCGGCCGGUGAAGCUGAGCGCCGUAGAGCAGUCGCAGAACAGGCAGCAGACCACCAUAGAGUUCAUCGCUGAGGACGAAGAGGGCGAUGUGUUGGAAUGUCCGCUAUGCCUGCUGGUGUUCAGCGCCAACAACAUGGUACGGCUGGCGUGGUGCGCGCACCGCUGCUGCGAGCCUUGCAUGCGGCAGUACCUCGCCAUCGAGAUCUUCGAGGCGCGCGUGCCCGUCACCUGCCCCGCCUGCCAGGAGAACAUCCACCCGCUAGACGUCCGGCGCAUCGUGGACAACCCGGUGUUAUACGACAAGUACGAGGAGUUCUCGGUGCGGCGCGCGCUGGCCGCCGAUCCCGACACGAGGUGGUGUCCCGCGCCCGACUGCAGUUUCGCGGUGGUGGCGACGGGGUGCGCGUCGUGCCCGAAGCUGACGUGCCUGGCGCCGGGCUGCGGCGCGUCGUUCUGCUACCACUGCAAGGCGGCGUGGCACCCCACGCAGACCUGCGACGCCGCGCGCCGCGAGCGCGCGCCGCCGCCCCGGACGCCGCAGCCGCAGCACCAGGACUCGGACACGGGUGAAGUGAAGCCGUGCCCGCGCUGCGCCGUGCUGAUCGUGAAGGUGGAAGAUGGCUCCUGCAACCACAUGGUGUGCUGCGUGUGCGGCGCCGAGUUCUGUUGGCUGUGCAUGAAGGAAGUCUCCGACCUGCAUUACCUCAGUCCGAGCGGCUGCACGUUCUGGGGCAAGAAGCCUUGGUCGCGCAAGAAGAAGCUGCUGUGGCAGCUGGGCACGCUGGCGGGCGCGCCGCUCGGCAUCGCCGUGGUGGCGGGCGUGGCGCUGCCCGCGCUGCUGGUGGGCCUGCCGCUGUGGGCCGGCCGCCGCGCGCACCGCCGCCUGCGCCGCGCCACCGUCGCGCGCCGCACCGCCGCCGUCGCCGCCGCCGUCGCCGCUGCGCUGCUCGUGUCGCCUAUCGUGGCGGGGCUGGCGGUGGGCAUCGGCGUGCCCAUCCUGCUGUUCUACGUGUACGGCGUCGUGCCCGUGUCGCUGUGCCGCGCCGGCGGCUGCGCGCGGCGCCCCGAGCCCGACGCCGUGUCGCGCCACAUCGAUCCCAGCAUCGGCGACGCCUCGCUGUCGGCCGGGUCGGCGGCGGUGGAGCUGCGCGCGCCGUCGCUGGCGGCGCUCGCGGGCUCGCUGGCGCACGAGCCGCACGAGCCGGAGCCGGAGCCCGAGCCGCAGAGGCUGGAGGUGACGGCCGACGUGACGGUGGACGUCGCCGGCGCCAGCUGGCCCGACGACCUGCCCUCCACGUCGUCGCGCUCGGCGCGCCUCAAGAGCCUAUUCCUGUACGGGUCGGCGGCGCCGCCCGACCCCGAGGCGCCGCCGCCGCCGCCGCCGGGCGAGCCGCGGCAGGUGCGCGCGGCGCCGGCGCAGCACUCGUAA